AGAGACAGUAUCAACUAUGGUUCAUUAAAGAUUCACAUUUCGCAGAAAGCACAUCUCACAGAAGGUUUCAAGAAAUCAGAAUAAUGUACGACGUAAAGAAUAAAACUGUAAUAAUCACUGGAGCAGCUAGCGGAUUAGGCUACAAGUACGCCGAAAUACUGUUACGUAAUAGUGCAAGAAGUGUCGCCGUGGUCGAUCUGCCAACAUCAAACGGCCAGAAUGCGGUAGCUACUUUGGAAAAUGAAUUUGGGAAGGGCCGUGCCAUUUUCGUUGCCUGCGAUGUAACAAAGACUGAUGAUUUAGAGAAGACGUUCAAGAAGAUCGUCGACACAUUCGAAGGACUUGAUAUUCUUAUUAACAACGCUGGUAUGUUGAACGAUAACUAUUGGGAGAAAACGAUCGAUCUCAAUGUCAAGGCAUUAAUUCGCGGCUCUAUGUUGGCCUUCGAUUAUAUGGGAAAGCAUAAAGGUGGUAAGGGCGGUGUAAUCGUGAACAUUGCAUCCAUACUUGGAUUACAUCCAGCUCAUUCCUUGCCAAUAUAUACCGCUUCGAAAUUUGCUGUUUUGGGAUUUAGCCAAUCUCUGGCAGGCAUGUAUGACAAGACUGGAGUGCGAGUGGUUAUCAUGUGUCCGGGCGUUACAAUAACAACGCUUAUUACAAACAUCAAUGAUAAAGUCUGUGACUCCAUCAACGCUGUGACCAAUGACAUUGACUUAAAAAAGUAUCCGCAACAAACAACCGACAAUGUGGCACUUGCGAUGUUAGAACUUAUUCAGAAGGGUGAAAAUCAAGCGGCCUGGGUCAGCGAAGGUGGUCAAUCACCAUACGCCGUGGACUUUCCCCAUUAUUCCAAACGAUCUUUGCCAGUAUAAGUUGGUACUUGAUAUGUUAUGAAUUUUUUUCUGGAUACUGCAAUUUUCUUCUACUGAAUUACUGACUCAAAAAAAGAAGCAAAAUAGCCUAAUCAAAUAACAAUCAAUUA